AUGACCGACUACGCGCAAUAUCAACAACCCCACCAUGGGCAUGCGGCUACCCAUAUGCAGAACUACCCGGGAGCUCAAAACCCGGGCGCGGCCAACCCGUCCAUCACAUCGCCCACACAAGGACAGAUGCAUUCAUAUCAACAGACCUCACCAAUCCUGCCAUCGCAAGGCUAUCCGCAGCCCGGCACGGCGAAUGCACAACACCAACAAAUGAACUAUCCACAACAAGGCUACAUGCCGGGCAUGCAUCAGCCGUACGGCAUGUCGCCUACGCAGGCCGCGGCCAUGGCAACCGCGGCAGCAGCUGGACCGGCUGGUUAUUACGAUCCCAACCAGAUGGGUCAAGGACAGCUAGCACAAGAUCCCAGAGCCUCGCCGCGCAUGUCCGGAGGUCAGCUCAAGCAGGAUGGACGCGGGCCCCCUCGCUCUCCGACUGCGGUGUCUAAUGCCUUAGGUGCUGGUGGGAUUGCCUCGCAAGUUCCAAUGAACCCGGGACAACAAGCGAUCCAACGAAGAAUGAGCACACAGAUUCACAGCCCUGCGAUGCAACAACCCCAGCCUGUCAUGUCACACGCUGCAGCUAGGCCGUCGGUACCGCCUAUGUCUCAACAAGCGCCCCAACAGCACCAACAGUCACCCGAGCUUGUUGCUGGUGCGCAAGCGGAAGAGGCUCCCCUCUAUGUGAACGCCAAGCAGUUCCAUCGCAUUUUGAAGAGACGUCUAGCACGACAAAAACUAGAGGACGCUCUUAGGUUGACCUCCAAGGGGCGCAAGCCGUAUCUACAUGAAUCGAGGCACAAUCACGCUAUGCGACGUCCACGCGGUCCUGGUGGCAGGUUUUUGACUGCUGAGGAGGUCGCUCAAAUGGAAGCCAACAAGGGUGGCGACCCCGAAGGUGAAGAUGGCGGAAACAAGGAGAACGCCAAUUCCGCCAUGAAGGCUACCGCAUCACAGGUCAAUCCAGGAACAAAACGAAAAGCGUCUUCAACGAAUCUCAAGGGUGCUUCCAACAAGAAGAAGGCGAACCGGCGAACAAGCACAAGCGAAGAGGACGAAGAAGAAGAGGAUGACGCUGAUGACGACGGUUGA